AUGGCCCUGGUGUCUCGCCAUUUCCAUGGUCUCGUCACGACUCCUCACGCAUGGAGAAUUGCUUUUUCUCGUUACUUCCCCGGCCCGUACACCGUCGAGGAUGGCGCGUGGCUUCCGACAGCGAAGUCGUCGGAAGCGGUGACGUCUGAUAAGCGCUAUUUCUCCAGGCUGACUGCGUUGGCAUCUUGGAGGAGUGAAUACAUUAUGAGAACCCGCUUGCUCCGAUCGCUCUCCAGAGGCAAGCCGGCGCAGUUCGAACCGUCCAAAAAGACCGGUACGGUGCGAGCGGCUAGCGUCCGAAAUGGCAGCGCCGUAGCCACCUAUACCUCACAGCUUCUGUACCCUGUCAGCCACUUGCACGGCUCCUUCGGUUCAGAAGUCAAGAAGAAGGAACCUCUCUUCAUCCAUGGCGCUUCGGAGCAAGGCUUCGCGUCGGCUAGUGACCCCUCGACGGUGAAAGUUGGUACAUGGGGCCUCUCUGACCACCAGUUCUUUCGACACUUCGCAGAUCUAUUUCCCGGAGAUGCCGAGUAUGGGCUAGGCUCUGGUGAUCAUGUUGGAGCUCCUAACCGCAUGGAUGUCAGUCAGCCCUAUGGUAUGAUCUACGGCGAAGCAUGUCCUCAAGGCCGUACCUAUUUCAUCUCGACCACGGAGCAACGUGGGAGGUUCUUGGGCAUUGCGGAUUCCAGUUCGCAGCCUAGUCUAGGAAUCCCCACGCUCAACUUGAUUGCGACCGGUGUUACUGCGGUCUGGAUUGCUAAAUCCUCUAACAUCCUUAAAAUGACUGGCGGGCUGGUCGCGAUGCUGUCAGGCUCCUCCACUGGAGUGCUCACGUCCUACGCCCUUGGUCCUCAUCCUACCUAUGAGAAAAGGUAUGAGAGGGGCCAAGUGACUGCUAAAUGGGUGCUGUGUCCUGGUGUCCCUAUCAUUUCUAUCGCGGUUGAUGAUAGCUAUUCUCCCAAACGUCAUUCACGUCGGCGGAUCUGGGCGACGGUUCUGAACGCCUUGGGAGAGGUCUUCUACCUCUCUGACCUCCCGCGACAGCCUGAUGUGCCUACGACCAAAUUGUCUCCUGAGGAAUAUGAGCAGCUUGCUUGGAAAACGGGCAGAAGUGUCCGUUGGGAGCUUGUUGAGUUAAGCAGACGCAUCGCACGGCUUGAUCCGUUCAGCCGUGAUUCAGUCGAUGGCAGCUAUAGCCCUCGGUCGUCAUCGGACGCCAUGAAGCUCAACGAGGAACAGGUAGCUGCAGAGACGAAGGAGAUCGAGCGCUUCCUGUCCUUUAAGCCCAAGCAUUUCCGGAAGGUAUGCGAGGGAUGGGAUAUGAGACGUGAUUUGAAGGUCGAUUUCGCUGGAGACGAUGGCCACGGAGCCGGCGAAUCGUUCCUUGUGAUCUCCCAGGGUGUGGGAGAUGAUGAGAAAGCUUCGAUCCGCAGAUACACGAGGAAGAUAACUCGACAUGAUGCGUCGUUGCCGAUGCACGGAUCUCACAACGUUGGUAACGUGCCUGUACCGUCCAUCUUUGGUGGUCCCGUCAAGUCUCCUAUCCUCUCUUCUGUGAGCAGCUCCAGCAGUAUGGCUCCAUCUCGCGCUUCCAGUGGCUUGAGUGAGACGAUCUGCUCCCUUUCAAACACCGAAUGGCGCAUCACGGAUUUCGACUUUGGGGACAGAAAGUCGGUCCAGAUCACCACGAGUGCUUUGGACUUGUCGACCUAUGCCCUGUUGACAAUUGACGAAGAUCCUCUCAUCGGUAUGUCCGGCAGCUCCGCACUCUCCUCGGCGACGUCUUCACCUCUUCCGCACAUGAAGCAAUCGCCUGGCAAUGCAGAAGUGCCUGGUCAGCGAGGACGCUACUUGGCUGUGGGUACAGCCACGGGAUCGGUCUUCGUAUGGGACAUCCGGUCACCCACGUCGAAAAAUGCUGAAGUCAUCAAUCACGUUUCGCCCAUUCGAAUUAUUCAAACGGAAUCUCCUCAAGUUUCCUGCGUCGCUUUGACCUCAUUAUACUUAGUCCAUGGUGGAAACGAUGGCCUUGUUCAGGCCUGGGAUCCCCUUGCCUCCUCGACUCGACCAAUUCGGACUAUCAAUUCGCGAUUCUCUACGCGCGCGCGCCGCCGACUUGUCCAAGCCGAGGCAUCCAUUAACGGCGUUGGUAACAAUUACUAUGCGACAGGCGCUAUCUGCCUCGAUCCCGAUCCAACCGUCCUACGAGGCAUGGUCGCUCUAGGAACCCACCUGCGUUACUGGUCCUACAGCUCCUCCGGCGCCGACCAAUACAAGUCCAGUAAGCGUCGGCUCCGUCGCGGUCUAAGGGGCAGCAACUCCACUCCAGAAGGUCAACGUUUCAACACUAGCGGCCGCGGCGCGCUCAAGGACUACAUCGAAGAUGAGAAGGUCGAAAUGGAACGCCAAAGGAUCGCCGACGAAAAGGAGCGCGCCCACCUCAGCCACCGCUUCGGCGUUGACCUUCUUGGCCCCGACGUCGACGAAGAACAGCUCCUCGCUUACGCCCAACUUCUCAGCCAAGAGGCCUACUCCAGCGAAGCCCACAAACGCGGUGAAGUAAUAGAGAGCUCGGCAGUGAGCACCUCUCCCAGCGACACCAUCGGGCCAAAUGACAGCUCUAUCGCACCCGAUGAGCUAUCCUCUGCAUCGUCUCCCUACGAAGACUUCGCCGACGGUGACCUCGAGCCUGAUAUCGCUGAAGCCAUCCGUCUCAGUCUCCUCGAAGACAACAAGCCCCGCGCCGACCUGGACACAGACACUGGUCCAUUCGAGCCACCCUCCCCAUCUCUAUCAGGCCCAGCUGUCGCGGAAAGCAGUCGCCAACAAGAGAUCGAUGAUCUUGAGUUCGCGAUCCAGCUGAGUCUCGCAGAAGCGGAGAGUCAAUCGGGCCAGCACAACCCGACAGAGGAAUUCCCAGCACUGUCACCGUGGGCCCAACCGUCUCCUGGGCAGGACAAAGGAAAGGGUCGUGCUUGA